CGGGUACGCAUGCGUCCUUCGGCUGGUUGGCUGCGGCUCUGUUUGAGCCUGACAGCUGUGUGAAGCUAGCAAAAACAGCAACGUCUCCUGUCCAGAGCCACACAAACUUGAUACCCGUCGGGUAGACAGACGCUGCCUUGGAAACGACAUAAAUCCAGUGCGUGGAGCUGGGUUUCGAGCGGGGACCUACAUUUCCUCACUUCAAAGGCUUCCGCCCCUCUUCUGUCCUCCUCCACCUCUUCCUCCACCUCUUCCUCCAUCCAUCAGCCAGCAUGGGGGAUCUGAAAUGAAGCGCGGCGCAGCGGACGAGGCACGGCGAGGAGCUUCGAAAUAACCGACAGCGAGAGAGAGGAGGUGACGAGAGGUGCUGCAGCCAGGUGUAGAGCAACAUGCCGCUGGUGAAGAGGAAUAUUGAACCCCGGCACUUGUGCCGCGGGGCGCUGCCAGAUGGGGUGACCAGUGAACUGGAGUGUGUCACCAACAGCACACUGGCAGCCAUCAUCAAGCAGCUGGGCAGCCUGAGUCGCCAUGCUGAGGACAUUUUUGGAGAACUGUUCAAUGAAGCCAACAGCUUCUACCUGAGGAUGAGCAGCCUGCAGGAGAGAGUGGACCAGCUGGCUGUGAAAGUCACUCAGCUCGACUCCACUGUGGAGGAAGUCUCCCUCCAGGACAUCAACAUGAGAAAAGCAUUUAAGAGCAGUACCAUUCAAGACCAGCAGGUGGUCUCCAGGACGUCUGUGCCCAAUCCUGUGGUGGAAAUGUACCACCGCUGUGACAAGCCCCCGCCGCUGAAUAUCCUCAGCCCCUAUAGGGAUGACAAGAAGGAUGCGCUGAAGUUCUACACUGAUUCCUCCUACUUCUUCAACCUGUGGAAGGAGAAGAUGCUGCAGGCCACCGAGGACAAACGCAAAGAAAAGAGGCGGCAGAAGGGCUGUCCGGCCCACCCCGACAGGCCCCACUCCAGACAGGCCCCACCCAGGAGCCCCCUGUCCAUCUCUGAGCAGCAGCGGCAGGUGGAAGACCCAAGCAGAGAGGUGAAAAAGGUGCGUAAGGCUCGUAACAGGCGUCAGGAAUGGAACGUUCUGGCCUACGAUAAAGAAUUUCGACCCGAUGCCAGGCUCACCCCCUCCCCUUACCACGGCAUGUCGUCUGAAGGAUCCCUCUCCCCAGAUAGCAGGUCAAUGGCGUCCGACUCCUACCCGGCAAGUCCCAACCACCCGGCUACCCAGGCUCCAAGCGCUGCCCAUCCCGCUGACCACCAUGCCAGGGAUCACCUUGCUGCCGCCCAGACACAGUCGCUUGAUCGCGGCCUGAGGCCAGCCAACCAGCCCCCUGGAGCCGCCGGGGCAGGACCACCGGGUCGACACGCAGCUUCCCUCGGCAGGACCCCAUCAGGACACGGGGUCCAGGCCGGGGGAGAUCCAACGGUCAAUGGGCCAAGGCAGCAGUCGAUAAAGGAAUACCGAGCUGGUGGGCAGCCCUCCACCAUACCAGAGUAUUACAUCCCCCCAGCUCCUCCCCCACCCCCGCCUACCAUCCCAUCCGCCCAGACUGCCUUCGAUUCCGCCACAGCGCCGCCUUCUGCGGCCACCUCCGCCAUCCCACCGACCUCCUCUGCCCUCGCCUGCCACUACUCCCCCUCCCCUCCUCCUCCCCCUGCCAACUACGUACCCUCCCCCGCCCACCCCCCUUCAGGUGCACCUCCGGCUGCCCCUCCGCCCCCACCUCCUGGCGUGCCCGCUGGACACCAGGCUCACCCAUCCCCGCCACACGCCGCUGUCGGCCAGACAGCCGUGGAUUCGGCGCCUUCGACGAGGAAGUCGACCAUGCUGGGGAUGAUUCCGAUGAGCGACGCACGCUCCGACCUGCUGGCUGCCAUACGUAGAGGCAUCCAGCUGAGGAAGGUUCAGGAGCAGAGGGAACAGGAAGCCAAGCGGGAGCCUGUCGGCAACGACGUGGCCACCAUCCUGUCACGCCGCAUCGCCGUGGAGUACAGCGAAUCCGACGACGACUCGGAGCUGGAUGAGAACGAGUGGUCUGACUAAAAAAAAUCAAAAUAAGAGAAAAAAUGAGAUGGAGCUUUGUAAGGCUGGACUGGCGGAGCUAAAAGAGAGAGAAAUUUUACAUUGAGUAAAUAACGAAGGUGUCAGGUUAGUUUCAAGGUUCGCAUUUUAACUACGAGGUUGACUAAAAAACCAAUCAUACAUUUGUUUACACAGAUCGCCGGAGCAGGGCUCGGAGAAGGCCGAGUGACAAGUCGAUACUUUCAGCAUGCACGGUUGCCCCUCACAACGCCUCUUCUCGAACUGAGAGCCUGGAGGCUUUUAUGCCAGACCACCCUUGGUGUGUGGCACAAUAAAGACGCCCUCCAUCUCGGCAGCCUCCCGGCCCUGUCCUCUCGUUUUUAACCGCAAGCACGGAGCUGUGAAAAACAAGCCCAUAAACAUCUCCCUAUGAAAACCCGCCACACCCGAGCGGUAGUUAUUAGCAGUAUGUAGGCAGCGUCCCCCUGUGACUACUGGCUUAUUGUGUUUACAGAACACAUGGUACAGCACAAGAAAGAUUAACGAUAGUGCAAUAUUUACGUAUCUGCCAAAUGUUCCGAAAGAAUUUGAGGAGGCAAAUCAGGGAAAAUGAUAGCUUGUUAGCAGACGACUGUGCCUGUUUGUGGAACACGCGCGCGCUCGUUAGAGAUGAAGCCAAACUUUUGGGAGUUUGGUUCUCUUGACUAACAGGAUCGGCAUCGGCACACUCCAGGUGAGCUAUGACAUGUUCCAGCUAGAUAUUUAAGCUUUGCCUCAUUCACAAAAUAGUUCAUAAUUUAUUUACCUUAAAGAGGAAGUUAGCCAAGGUAGCUGAGAACUUUAACAGGCUUGUUUUCUGUCGGAUAUAUUUAUGUUUGCUUUAAUACGUUUAUUUAAAACCACACAUAAAAAUAAUACAUGAAUUGUAUUUUCAUACAAUUUCUGAUUGAUCAUAAUGCACUACAUAUUUUAAUAAAGAGUCCAUGUUAUGUUUGUUUCUAAAUUAUUGGCACUAGACAACCACUGUACUGGUGUACUUAAACAUUUACAGACUUAAGAGUUUAAUGAAAAUUACUUUAAAAAAAAAAUAGACUGUAGGAUGAUUUGUCAAUAUCAGAAAUUGUAGCCGCAAGAAUUUUCAACGCAUUCAUAAAGUGUUAACAUUUUUUGACCCAAUAAUACAGUAAUAAAUAUCAUAGAUCAUAUUGGAAAUACUUUAAUGCCAUCUAGUGGUCAGAGUUUUGCCCAUAUGAAAGCCAUUCAUUCAUAUCUGUUGUAAAUUCUAUAUGCAAAUUAGCAAUCUCUUCUUCUUUGGCAGAAAAAAAAAAACAUUUUUAAAAAUUAAUCUUGAAUGAAUUCAGGCAAAAAAGACAUUUAAACUGCUAAAUUAUCAUCUGCCUGUCGCCGAUUUGGAGUAGUGAUAUAAAGCUCUGAGAAAAAGCAUAACAUGGCCUUCUUAACGCAAUUUAAUAAUCAGCAAAAGUAAUAUUUAUUUUUAGAAUUGACUUUGUUAAUAAGAAUAAUAUUUUAGGUUAUUUUAAAGAAAUGUCCAAUUUUAGGUGUGUUUUAAAGCUUUGUUUGGUCUUGUAGUGUGAUAAUAAAACUUUAUAUUUUUUAAGUUGGGGUUAGACAUUUUGGCUAAAGUGGUUUGGAAACCGAGCUCCCAAAAGUUGAUGUAGUUGUUGAUCUUUUACGACUGUGAUGUGCCGUCGCUUUCUCCCACUGAGAUAGUUUGGUAAACUGUGAUAAAAGUCGCCGCAAAUGCUAACGCUAACAUGGGAUUACAAGCCUCACCAGCCUGGUUAAAGUUGUUAUUCUGCCUACAUAUCAUUGCUCCGGUCGGUCAGGCCGCCUAGUUAGCUUAUCCCACUGCUUUGUGCUUUUUUAAAAUUAUUAUUAUUGUCAUUAUUAUUAUUAUUCUCUCCCUUUGUUAGCCAUUCCAAACUCAAAGCCGAAUAUUUCAGCCUGUGACUGUAUGCCAUGGUCUUCUAUAAAUGCUUCAAGGCUAAACCACAACCAGCACCGUACUAAUAAUGAAAAAAAAUAAAAAUAAAAAAACAACCAUCUUCAUCUUGACAUCUUUUCCUUUUGGUGGUCCCAAACCGCUUAAUACCGUUGCUUUCCGUGGAGGCUCUUGUGAAUUAUAAAUACAUAAAUGUGAGAAACUUGCAACGCUAAUAUAUAGUAUGAAAUCUCUUCUCUCUUCUCAGUAUAGGUUUGGCUAAUCCUCAGUGUGAACUGGUUGGACUGUCGUGUUUUUCUAAUGUGCUUUUUGUUUGUUUCUUCUUUUUUUUUUUUUUCUUAAAGUGCUGCAGUGAUUCGUUUGCUUUAUUUUAGGGAUUUUUUUUUUUUUUAUUAGGUGAGGAGACAGAUGACAGAGUGGAAGAUGUGUCCAAGAAGCCAGCUAAAAGAUUUUUAUUCCUUAGCAGAUUAACCUGACGUAUUCUCAUCUCAAACAGAAGCAAAAAUCCAGCAGAAGAAGCAUUUGAUACUAGAGUCUUGUACCGGAUUUUACAUCAGAAGCAGCGUUUUUGAUAGCGAAAAAACACUAACGGUUUAUUUUUUACGCAUUUACUUUAGCAAAUCUUUAUUUUUCCGUUUCGGAGACUGUCUUAAAGCUUCGGUGUUCAAAACGUUUAAAAAAACUUAUCGUGUCGCUACGUUUCAGAUGAUGCCACGCUUUUUUUGGAGGAUGUAUAUACAUAUAUAUAUAUACUCACACACAAUAAGUUGGCUUACUCAGAAUUUGCACUCUUGUAGAAUACAACCACAUCUGGAUUAAGGACUGAAUGAUACGACGUGUUGAUGAGUUCCUGGUAUUCUCCGCAAAGGUCCGAACUACGAUUUUCAAACUGUGCCAUGAAGCAAAACAGAAAAAAAAAAAGCACAUAUAAACAAGCCAGCGUGGAUUUUGCCACAAAGCUCGGUGAGAGUUUACUGUAAAAAGAAGAAAAAAAAAAAGUUUAUGUUGUAACUGAGAAGUCAAGAGGCAUUAAAUCUGCUAUAUUAUCCAAAUUGUUUCUUCGGUGAUCGUGUUGUUGUGCGGGAGUCAUAGAUACACACCCAUCUGCGCGUUUAACGAAAUCUGUCCCAACACUCCGAGAAUGUAAAACUCUAGCUUGACUGACUUUUAACGACAAAAUAUUUGCCAACAAAUAGCAAAACAACCACAGAGACACAAAAUGAUGAAGUUCUCCGAACACCCGUACCUUGUGUAUCUAUGGCUUCUGGCUUUUAAAGAAAAUGUUCUUCUGUGUUGAAAAUGUGACAAAAUGAAUCAUGUUGUAUAAACUUUUGGUAAGGCAGCCUUCGAGGUUAAAUGCAUUUGGUUUACCAUAACCUAGACAAUAAAACAAAGUUAAGCUGUGUAUUGCACACUAAAAUCAGCUGUAAACAAGUAUGCAUGUGACUAAAGUCAAUAAAUAGUGAUUAAAACAGCA